CUCAGUGAAGAGAUGGAGCUCCUCUGGCCUGAGGUCAGUCGUCUCUCUGAAGGGAAGCAGGGAAACGCACGUCUCCAAGAUGAGGACGGCGCGGCUGCUGUUGGUUGUGGGGUUGUGUUUGCUGAGUCUCACAUCUUCCCUGAAAAUCUGUGCUUUUAAUGUACAGAGUUUUGGGGAAUCAAAGGCAAACAACAAGAGAGUGAUGGGUAUUUUACUGAAGAUUCUCUCUCGGUGUGACUUGUGUCUCAUUCAGGAGGUCAGAGACUCUAAAGGAGAGGUCAUUCAAGCUUUGGUCAAAGAUCUGAACAGAUUYGACAAAUCCAACUCCUAUUCAUWUCUACAAAGUGAAAGGUUGGGUAGGAAGAGCUACAAAGAGCAAUACGUCUAUAUAUACAGGAGCAACAAGCUGAAGGUCAAGGAGCUUUAUCAGUAUCCGAAACUGAAGGGAGACGAGAUAAAUGAAACAGAUGUUUUCUCCAGGGAGCCUUUUGUCGUCCGMUUUCACUCCGCAACCACACGGCUGAAGGAUUUUGUUCUUAUCGGGCAGCACACUUCUCCCAAAUCUGCCAUGGAAGAGAUGGAUGAACUGUUUACUGUCGUCAAAAGGAUUUCCAAGAAGUGGAGGACUGAUAACGUGAUGAUCUUAGGAGACCUAAACGCCGGCUGCGGCUAUGUCACCGUCAAAGGUUGGAAGAGCGUACGUUUGAGGAGCGACCCCAAGUUUUCUUGGCUUAUUGGAGACGAGCAGGACACCACAGUGAGGGAGAAGACCCACUGCGCCUAUGACAGGAUCAUCAUGUACGGACAGGAGAUUCUGUCCAACGUGGUGCCAGGUUCAGCCAAACCCUUUAACUUUAAAGAGACUUUCCACCUGACAGAGGCAGAGGCUCUCGAGGUGAGCGACCAUUUUCCUGUCGAAGUCGACCUGAAGCCCAGCCGUCGCUACCUCUUCCGCCACGAGCUGUAGAUCGGGCCAGAUGACAAUCAGCAGCUCUUUWAUUUAAUUUAACUUGAUUUUAAUAAAUUAAAAUUACCAUAACUAUA